AGAAGGGAUGAGGGUGUCCUUGCCGAGAAUAAAAAAUCGAUAUCGAGUUGGCGCGAAGAAAGUUUCGGGUUUUACAAUAGUUCGGGGGACGACCGCCCGAGGCCACACCGCUGAAAUUCGGCCGACUCGUGGAAUACUAAGUAGAGAAGUGCUCAGACUUUUUCAAUGUAAUAGUCCGUCGCGAAAUAGCUUCGUUUUAUCGCGCCCGGGGUACUGUAUUAUCCGUUAAAAAGAAAUAGGAGACCUCGCACUCGGCGCCCUCUCCGUUGUUUCCGCUUUUACCGCUCCGCGAUUUCUUUUCUCACGUAAUGCCUCCUAUGUUUCGCGCGCCGCUCGCGAUUUUUAUUUAUUUUUAUCGUGGCUCCGUGUGUAUCGCAACUGUACGUGUGUAUGUGUGUGUGUGUGUGUGUGUUUCUCUUUGCCUUUCACGUUUUUCUAGGACAAUGCGAUUGAUCGAUGAACAUCGUCCGGUGAUUUCCGGGACGCUCAAGCGAAAGCACCAACAGUGGUCCUUCUUUCUUCGGCGCGGAUUCAAUAUUUACUCGCGAAAUUGAAGAUGAACUUGAUUGGGCUGCCAUAUCAUCGACCACCUCGUGCAAUUGCAGCCUUGCGCGCCGCGUACGUGAUGUUGAUUGACUUUAACAAAUUACGGGUCGGCACGUACGCCAGAAAAUAUGCGGCAAAAUUGCGACAUUGAGGGGGGAGACAGAGAGAGGACGACGGAGCAGAAAGAGAAAAAUAAAGAAAGAGAAGUGGACAUUGAUCAACCCUGAUCAAACGUCCCGACACAUUCGCGAUCUGAGUCGCGAUUUCGCAGUCGCAUUAUCGAUGCGCGCGAUCCGCGAGUCGCACGAGGAUUCUUCGGUUCUCGCGCCGUUCAGUUACGUUUUACCACGCUGCAAUUCAGCACGAGCGCGUUAAUCUUAAUAAUCUUUAACGACCCGGCUAUUCAACAAGAAGCCACGUAAAACAAGCCGCUUUCGCGGGGCACGUUUUCAUUUCUUUCUUGCGCUCCCCAGGCACUCCUCGAGAGCGAACGAUCGCGUUAUCCGAUAAUUCUGUAGACAGGUGCGGAUUUCGCAUACACUCACAUUAGCGCGAAUCGAACGUCGGGCAGAGAGGCUCAUGUCCGCCAGGGUUACUUGAUCCGACGGAGCGUCCUCGAAGAUCCGCCGCUUGAUCUCGCCGUCUCGUCGAACAUGGAGUUCCGAACACGUCCCUUCGAUGUGAAGACCGUCUUCGUGAAGACCAACAGGAAGCGCGCGAAGAAGCCACGCGGCUCGAACUCACCUCUCUACGCGUCCAUCUGGCCGAUGGUGUACGUGGUGCGAGUGUUCGGCUUUGCUCCUUACGAGUUCUCGCAUGACCGGCUGGUACCGUCCAACGGCUACCUUAUCUUUUCGGCGGUCGCCGUCGCGCUCUACAGCUACAUUCUGUACGUGGUGUUCCUGCGAUUUACGGGCGUCAAGCGGGAACUCACGGUCCUGAGCGGGACGGAGAACGCGAAGGUGAUCAUCAACUACAGCGUGGUGAUGUACGAGCUGGUGCUGACGCUUUUCACGAGGCGCAACUUCACGAGGAUAUGGAACGCCCUGCAGGACUACGACGAGGACGUCAGGCAGUUGGACUAUCCUCGCAAGGAGACGAGGACCGCGAUUGCCGCGUGGAUCCUCACUAUCGUGACAGCGACUGUGUGGACCAUCGUCAAUCGCUCCGGGAUGUACGCUUUUCUCGAAACGUGGUCCUACAAUAUCGGAUACAUGUUAUCCUACAUCGGCACUUCGAUGGCUGUCUAUAAAUUCGUGGGAAUGGCAUAUUUUCUCGGGCAACGGUUUCAUCAUCUCAACAAGAUCGCGAUAAAAAAUCUCCCGUCUCCGUCGCCCCGAGAGAAAACUACGCACGUCAGCAGAAAGACGAUCCAAAGUCUACACAACGAUCUGAUGCUCGCCGCGGAAAAUCUGGAAUCCCUGUACUCGUGGUCGUUGCUGUUCUGGCUCGGCAAUCUCGGCGUGCACACCGUCAGCAACAUAUAUUUUAUCAUCGAGUGGAUACUCAUGGCGUCGUGGCAGAUGGUGGCGUGGCCACUGGUUCGUUGCUUGAGCGCCUGGCUCUUGGCAUUCUUCAUCCAGCUCUUGUUACUCCACAUCGCCUGCGACUUCGUCUCCUCUCAGGCUAAUUCUAUGGGCCCGAUUCUCAUCGAGUGGCACGUAAGAUUGAUGAGGCGAAACGAAGAAUGCGUCGACUCGACGUUGCAAUAUCUAAAUCGAAAGUUCAAGUUCUCCGCGGCCGGAUGCUUCCACGUGAAUUUGCGGUUGUUACGAUCAGUAAGUAACGAGAUCGACGCGAGAGGCGCCGCGUUGGCAUUUUAUACAUCCGAGUUUCCGUUUUCCACAUCCUCAUUCUUAUAUAUGUAUGAUUACAUGUCCUUGUAUAAUAUUUAAAAAUUAUUUAAAUAUACAAUAUCUAAUAAUUUCUAUUAAAUCGCGGGGCAAUUGGCAUGUAUCAACAAUAUCGAUUUUGCAGCUCGUCGUUGUUCUGUAACGACGGAAUUCUAAACUGCAUGGAACACACAAAACAAAUCGACUGAUCGCAGUUGAUUAUUUCAGGAAUAAUAAUCGACUGAGGGAAAAUAAUCGACUCUACAGUCACUCUAUUUGUUCACCGCUUACUCUUUUUUUUGCGCCGUGAGCCUAAAGCCGGGGGAAACAUAAGAAAACGUAAGCAAUAAAAUCCAAGCGAAUUGACCAACCACAGCCGACUUACUUUUCUUCCAGUCUAGGAAUAAUCAACUAGUGAUCAAUCAAUUUCUUUGAUGCUUACCGUCUUAUUGUUUAAGUUUCCUUAUUUAUCUGCUCCCGGCUUUAUUCGUCGGUUUAAAGUCACAUAUCGGGUACGCAAAGUUACACGCGUACGUGUUAAAAGAUGAAGGUACCUCAUCACGACGAGAACAUCACGUGCGUCACUGAAGGCUCGCGACAGAGCCGUUGAGAUAUAAAUAGAUAAAAUCCAUCGCGUCAAAAUUGCAGAAUCGCUGAAUUAUCUAGAUUGUUUCUCGUGGAAAAUUAAACACGUUGCUUAUCGCGACGUUAUCACGACGACGACGAUGGCGCUACAACUUAAAGAGGAACGAGCGAUCCCGUUUGCCCGACGUGUCGGCGGGUCAAUCGUGAUAAUUGGAGUGGGAAACGCGUGUUACGAGGGUCAAAAGUACCGCUCGACGAGAUAGCGAGCUUCGUUAAAUAUAUCCCCUUGUUACCUUAACAUUGUUAUCGCAAUUUGUAAAGUUCCCGAGAAAGAAAAAACAGAACGUUCCCGAGAGUGACUCGUGCGCGAAAGUGCUUUCGUCGAUAUCGCGAUGUUAUCAAUUACCGCUUGAUUCGUAAAGCAAGGCUGGUUCUCUCGCUCUCGAUCGUUCCACGUCGGCGGACGACACACGUGCGGCGCCUUCUCUACGUCAAAACUGACAUCGGUCGCGUUCGGCUCGACGCGCUGCUUCCGACAUGACGAAGGUUAAUUGGCCGCGGUUCGAUAUCCCGCGGUGAAUUCUGUGGCGCCGUACUUAAACGCCGGCUUAAACGCGCCCGUAAAUCGCGGAAACGACACCGCGAUCCCCUCCCGCCUUCACCUUGCCGGACAAACUGGACACGAAAGUUCUUACGCGAGUAACAGGAUCAAUGCGCGAUAGCCGCCGCUUGGUACUCGGGCGAAACUUUACGACUCGUUGUGUAGUUGCACACUCGGAAGGAGAGAGGAGAAUCCUCUCGAGAUCCUCUCUCUUAAGAUACCCGCAAUAAUUCCCACGCUCGCACUUCGCUCGUGCGGCCGAGUAUUGUCGUGAAUUAACGCCUUCCCGCACGCACUCGACGACCGGCUUGCGGACGUUUGCACGUGUGUCUCGCUGGGUCACCGGUGACCAACGAAAGUUAACAAUUCGCUGUGUGUAUGUAGAUGAUGAAAUAUGACGUGACGUGGCAUGACAUGACAUAACAUAACAUGAGAUACGAUAUGAUAUUAUUGCAAUGCUGUUUGUUAAUUCACAUGACGAGCUUGAUGCUUCUCGCGCGUGUGUAAGAGGAGUAAAAUUCUCUUACUAUCUCUUAUAAUCUCUUAUUAUCUGCAUCACAUGUCAUAUAUUACAUUAAUAUCACAGCAUAUCAUCUCGCAUCAUAUCGCGACACACGAUACGAUUCAUUCUAUGAUUUUGCCUUUUACUCGUUGUGUACCUUCUUCGACUUUUACGCGGACUAAAAUAUUGCUUUCAGAUCGUAGCCUUGCUGACCACGUACCUAGUGAUAUUGUUGCAAUUUCCGGACUGAGACUGCCUCGGAAAUAAAAGCGAGAGAGAGAGAGAGAGAGAGAGAGAGAGAGAGAGAGAGAGAGAGAGAGGGAGAGGGAGAGAAAGAGAAGGAGAGAGAGGGAGAGACAGAGUCGUAAGGUAGUUCCGCGUUUGGCGACUGUAAAUUUCGAGCGCGUAUUCCAUCGAGUCGAUGCAUGCAAAAUGUCGGCUUUGCAUCGAUGAUCCUUCGUAUAAUAUUGGCCAGUCAAAUAUGUAUAGGUUGAAAUUGCGACGGCUGAAUAUUGUUUGCGUACGUACGACACAUUAAUCAUGAUAAAUCUCGUUUGACUUCACGGUGAAAUAAAUAUUAGAUGCAAAAACUGAGCGAGUUUCAUAUCCUUCUGUUACGGCUGGUGAGAAAAAAUUCUCUCCCAUACCACGUGCGCCUAAAAAUAACGGGAAGAUGGCUUGGCAAUUAAUCCGACAAUUAACGCGUCUAAUUGUCGGCAAACAUCAUCUUCUCUCACACGUCGUAAGCUUGAAAAUUUCAUAUCCGAUCGCACGUCUGUUCGCUCGAAUUCACCGGUUUCCGAUAGUUUCUCGAGAACGUAUUCCUCACGCCGGACUACAUCCGCUUUAAACUACUUUCCGCCGACCGGUAGUGGGACCGAGAGCGGCGCCGGCGGCCGAGGAUGCGCGCAGCUGCGAAUUUGCAUGCGAAUUGUGUCCGUCACUGAUUACAGUAGCUUCUUUUAAAGUCAGUGUUCCAAAGGAGCCGCCUCUUAUCGUGCGAACGCUGCACUUUGAAAGCGGCGCGCGACUACGUCGGUACAGAAAUCGUCAUUGAAUAGACGAAUCUCGCAAAAAAAGAAAAUAAUUCAUUAGAUUACAAAUUCCUACGUUUCCAUUCCCGUGAACAAGUUUCUAUGCGCAAUAUAAAACAUUUGUAUAAAUUUAUAUUCGCGCGAGUUCCCGUAAUUCACGAGUUGCUGGAUAAUUGAGGAACCGAUGAUUUCGCGUGCAAAUUAUACCUCGCCUCCUGCAGACCGCGUACGCGUUUUCACGAGAUUUAUUAUAAGUUAUCGGAAGCGUCCGUCUUCGCUAUCAACGUCGUGUUCCAAGCUGACGCGAAGAAAAUUAACAAUUUCAUAAAUUACAAAACAUGCUACGACGAUCGGACGACGGCGCAGCCUCGUUCGGUGCAAGCUUGUUCAAUCUUGCGCGCGGGAUUUAUCAUCGAUUUAGCCAUCGGACGGGAAAAUUCUUUAAUACAAUUUCGCUACGCGGUCACCUGGCUUACGGCUUUCGAGACACAUAUAUACCGGAUGAUCGUAUGUGUGUAUGUACAAAGUAAUCGUUGUUUCUUUUGAAUUAAACAGAGAAAGAUGGAACGCGACGAGAUCGGGACGGAGACUGAAGUGGAAGACGAGAGAUAAAAUAUUCACUGUUCUUUUACGUAAGAGAAAAAACAUUUCGUACAAGUUACCCUGCCCCUCUCUUCUCCUCUACUCCCCCCCUCUCUCUCUCUCUCUCUCUCUCCCUCUCUUUCUCGCUUCCUCACGUUCACUUUAUCGUCUCACGGAAGUUUCCUUUAAACAAGACGUAUCGGGUUCAAUUUACGCUACACCGACGAUGCCGCUGACAUGUAAUUAUCAUAAUCAAUAUUCGACGGUUGUCGCGAAACGCAAACUCCGUGUCUUGGAAAAACACAGAGCGUUUCACGCAAGUGCCCACGCGAUAAUCCAAGGAUCGUUCAUGAGCGACCUUCGGGGAUACUUCGGGGUUGCACAUUAGUAGACACCCUGGGGGAAGUUUACGAUGAGACAAUCGCGGUAAGACGUUCGUCAUUUCCCGGAUUGCGCAUCACGUCUCGCGCUUGAAAUUCGACGAAGGCCGUCAAAGUCGUUCAAUAAAACCGAAUGUUCCCCAAGACUUUUAAGCGUGCAUUCUUUACGCGUGUCGUAUACGACGUUGCGCGCGCGUUUCGUUUCUUUCUUAUUUAUCGAAUUAUAUCAAGGAUGAUGCCCGUCCGCCCGCCUUUGUGCAUCCUCUUCGCCUUCGGUAACGUCGUAAAAAAGAAGCAAAAGAAAGAAGCCAAGGAGCAAAUACCGUCGCAGUAUCGCGUUAUUACGACUGUUGAAAGUCUCACGCGAACGACCUCUUCCUCGCCCUCCUCCCCUGCAGCGCAUAACGGCGUGAAACGUUCGUUCCUCCGCUACAUAACGUAAACCGCGAAUCGUAAAAGAGAGUUUCACGAGCUUACGAUCGGCCGGCUCGAUCCGCGCGGAGCGACUCGGUGUCGCCGGCUUCUCCCCUGUUACCGACAUAUUUUAUUAGUUUACGUCGAGAACAGCACGCCGCGGUCGCCGUGGAAGGGAAGCAGCUCCACUGUGCUAUCAGCGCGCGUACCGCGCGAAAAGACGCGCCGCCGAUCGACGUGCGCUGCUUUCGAACGGCGGAAGGUCCGGACGUUGAUAAAUGACUGGGGGACUGGCGCUAUGGGAGCGUUAAAAGCGAACAGGGUCGCCGCGAUGUUUGGAAUUUCCGAUUUCGACAACUUUUCCUCUAUCUCCGCUCCGCUUCUCCUCCUUCCCCCCUUCCUCGCCCCUUCCGCGACGGUCCGCGCACCGUCGGCCUAUUUAUCGGUAACUCCGGCAACUUAUUCGUCGUAUAACUCUCUUACUCAUCGAACAUAUGCAUUCGCCUAUUCCCUCGGGCGACUACAGAUGACACGUUAGACGUUAGAUCACGAAGAUGGAUCGGAGGAAUGAGAAGGGGGAGGGAGAAGCUGCUGAAAUAUUAAAAUCCCUAAAAGACGUUGCAUAAAGUUCGGUAAGCCCGAAUCUAGGAAGCUUUGCAGUUUGCGGACUCUUGUCACGUAGUUAUGAAUUUUCGCAGACCUCGUCGAUGUAGGCGCGACGAGACGGGGCGCGAGGAAAAAGCGAAUGCAGUCUGAUGCAGUGACACGAGAAAUAUUUCGUGAACUCCCUCACGGAGAAGGACGUCCGGGGGAAUAAGCAAAACCCGGGAAACCGAUCUUUUCUUUCUCUAGUCUUUCAGCUUGGUGCGUAAGUUUAUUGUGAAUAUUUUACGGUUCGCGUUGCGAAUCGCGACGGGAGUCACGAUAAUUUUCACGUCAGGCAGAAUUAAAGUAUCAGACGGACUCACGCGCGGAUAAACGCGUCGCGACGGCGUUUUCGCCGGCUGAUACACGUUUUGUCGCGAAAAAGAACGGCGAGAAUGACUCGACGCUAUCGAAAACGCGCAACGUUCAAGAGCUGAGCUCCAUUUCGAGCUAUACACACACACACACACACACACCCGGGCUGGAUCCCACGUCGGCGAGAUUUAUGUAGAUUCCACUUUGAUGUAAAUUUUAUUAGUUUAAGCUCGGAAAGCUCCGACGGAGAAGCGGGCUAUCUAGCUCGCGGCUGCAAAAGGCGAGCCGCCGCGCCGUUUUGUAUCAGCAGGCGCGCGCGGAUUCGACACUGUCAACGAAAUUAUCCCCGCAGCGCGGUAAAAAUGGCUAGUGGGAUCCUGGAGCGGUGCUGAAAGUGUCGAGAAUAUCCUUCUGCUUCAACAACAUUCUCUCCUUUUUUCUCUCUCUCCACCCCCCCUCCCCCUCUCUCUCUCUCUCUAUUAAUACAGUAAAAAUUUACUAUCAUUGCUGAAAAUAAAGGAUAUAAGUAUAUUCUCAAAGGGCUGGCCCUAGAAUGGUCAAUAAACGCUAUUGUUUAUCCAUCUAUACCUAUCUAUCCGUCUAUUUAUAUAUCUAUCCACUUAUCCUCCGCAUGUCGACAACAUGAGAAUCGCCGGCUCUUACGCGCAACUAGUGAUAACAAGCGAUUCCAGCCGGACGAGAAGAGCCGGACGCGUCUCGUUUCUCUCCAAGAAUCCGAGACAUAAAAUUUCCCCCAUCCCCCCGGGAUAUUUCGCCGUUCUGUGCGCUCUGUCUUGUUCUCGUGGAAUGCGCGCUCGGACUCCAAUUCCGGCGACUUUUCGGAAAAAGAAAAGGAAGAAAAAAAGAAGAGGAAACGAACAGUGGCGACGGUGACACCUUGCGAACAACGUUACGAGGCGCGAACGGCGGUUGCGACGAGAAUGAGGGGGCAAAAAGGCGAUGAAAAUCGCCGUCGACAGUCGGCAAUGUUACCGCGACUGCGUUGCAUCUAUUUUCCACGCCAUCGCUCCGGAAAAUUGCUCCUUUCGUCGGCUCGCACGCCGCUAUUCUCUCCCAAGCAGAUGCAUGCGAAUUCCUCCUCCCGAUGCUCUCGUCGCUGCACGCGACGUCUCGAAGAAAUUUACGCGAUGUACAGAUAUAGCAGCGAAACGGUAAAAAUUUAUUAUUAGCCGUGGAGGCGAUAGCGCGCUGAUAUUUUCCCCGAGUUUGAAAAUAUCGCGAGGAUUGAAUCCUGAUCCGGCAGACUGGCCUGUGAGAAUUUUUAUUCCGAAGCCGCCUGUAGGAGGAAGGUCCUCGCAAGUUCGCGAAACGGGUCUCAUAAGUUUCGAGUGUUGUCCUCCCUCUUGAAAAUCAAUAAAACAUAUUUUCUAAAAUAUAAAAUAUGUUUUGAAAUUAUAUUUUAUACAUAAUUCUAGAAAAUUGAUGAGAAUAUUACAUAAUAUAUAUUAUAUAAUAUAGAUUUUUUCAAGAGGGGACAAUGCCGACAUAGCAUCGAGCCGCAUCGAGAGAAAUUUUAUGUUCUCGGGAUUAAAAUUCGAUAAAAGACGGAGACGUGUCGCAAGCAAUCUCAUCAAUAUUCUACCGACAGCUCUCGCUGUAUCAAUUUGCAGUGGUUUACGGCAUACAGGGCUCAACAUUAAUUCGAUUUAACGAGUUCGUUCACUCGUCUCCCCGAUAUUACCAUUCGGCAUCGUGGGAUCUAAACAAGCCGGAUAAGAGGAUUCCCAAAUCCCAGGAAGAUUUAUGGCGAAGCAGAGUAUUCAACAUUAUUCCCGUCCGCCAAGAGCUUAAAAGCAGGCCGUUUAUGAAAAAGAGAGACACGCACGUCACGAAACGUGAAUUCCUCGUCAAAUUCACCCUGCCUCGGCAUAAGAUGACCGUAAUUCCCUUUAUCUCCGUAAACUCUGUAAACUCCGUAAACUCCGUGGUGGAUCCAGAAAAUGGAGAGGAUCGAGUUUCUAAAUCGCUCUCGAAUUUUCGUGCAAUCUUAUCGCUGAACUUUGACAUCUUGCGGAAAAAAAAAAAAAAAA